UUUAUAAUGUUCAGAAACACGUAGUUUGAAGACAUUAUCAGCGCAAACAUGCAGAAUUUUUUUCUUAUAUUGGAAUAUUGUUUAUUUAAAUAAUAAAAUUGUCCUGAAAAAUAAAUAAAAUUCUGAGGAGACUUUCUUUAGGACCUGCACGUCCUCCAUGGCAGGAGAAAUGAGUAUAGGGGAGAUUAAACCGUGUUUACAUGCUUGGCACCUGCAGGCUCAAAAACGUUUGCCGACAGGCCUUUGAGCAAGAGAUACAGUUCACCUCCAGGUUGAGACGCAGGGCCCGUGCAGGAUGAAAAGUGUCAGGGUUGUAGUGGUGGGAGCGGGUGUGAUCGGCUUCUCUACUGCCGUCUGCAUCGCUGAGGCUCUUCCUCUCUGCUCCGUCACUCUGCUGGCUGACAAGUUCAGUCCAGAAACCACCAGUGAUGGAGCUGCUGGGAUCCUGUUUGCUGCCAAGUUUCCAGAUAUUCCCUUGGAAAGACAAAAAUGCUGGUUCAAGGACAGCUUUGAUCACCUGUUGGCCAUUGCUCAAUCCCAACACUCGCCGGAAGCUGGAGUAAUGCUGAGCUCUGGCUGGCAAAUUUUCAAGGAGGUUCCAGCCGAUAAGAAGCCCUUCUGGUCCGAGUCUGUGAUUGGCUUUCGAAACAUGACUGAGGCUGAAUUGAAAAGGUUCCCGGAUCACAAGUUUGGCCAGGCGUUCACCACCAUAAAAUGUGAAUGUUCCAGCUACCUGCCGUGGCUCGAGAAGAGGUUCAGAAAAGCUGGAGGAAAAGUAGAACAGAGGAAGAUCAACAAUCUUCAGGAAGUGAGCCACAGCUACGAUAUCAUUGUCAACUGCUCUGGUCUGGGCUCCAAAACGCUGGUGGGUGACAACAUGGUGUACCCUGUUAGAGGCCAGGUCCUCAAGGUGGAGGCCCCCUGGCUGCAGCACUUCAUCAGAGAUGGAGACGGAAAGACCUACAUCUACCCGGGCAUACACAGCGUCACCGUAGGCGGCACGAGGCAGGAGGACGACUGGCGUCUACAAGUGGACGAAGAAGACACGCAGAGCAUCCUGGUGCGCUGCAGCAGGCUGGAGCCGUCGCUCACCAAAGCCAAAGUUCUUAGCGAGUGGGUCGGUCUGAGGCCCAGCAGGAGGAACCCGAGGGUGGAGAGGGAGCUGGUGCAGCUGCAGGGUCGCAGGGUGCCUGUGGUCCACAACUAUGGCCACGGAGGCUGGGGGGUCACCCUCGCCUGGGGUACCGCCCUGGACGCACUGGGGUUGGUCAGGCAGUGUCUUCGUGAAAAGCAGCUACAGGCUAAACUAUAAAGUCAGGCCGUGUUCACACUUCAAGCCAAAGGUUUGUGUGUGACUCAGUCCUGAUUUUUUAAUGACAAUGUGAACGGUACAAAUCACAUGGAAUCUGAUCUUUUCAAAUCAGAUACAGGUCUGAUUUAUGACCUCAGUGAGAACAGUCAUAUCAGGAUUCAUGAGACUUGUCAUUCUAUGUUUGUCAUAAUGGUACACUUCAGGACCGUGACCUGUACACACUGGAAUCGGAUAUGGGCUGCAUUAAAAAAAUAAUGUGAACAGCCAAACAAAACAAAACAAAAUCAGAAUUGAGCACUAAGGCUUGCAGUGUGAACAUUAGUCUGCCACUGAACCCUGCUUUUACUGUCGAUAACACUCACCUUUAAAUCAAAGGACACACUGGCAGUUGGUUUAAUCUCUGAUCGAAAAUCAAAUUAAAACAAUUAGUGGUUUAUUUUACAUUUUCUAUAUAUGGAAAUUAUGUUAAAAACUACUGGUGAACAACUAUUUGGACAUACUGGGACUGGUCAUGAGAGAAUAAAUCCUCCUUUUCCUCCUAUUUGGUGCCAAUAAUACUUGCCUUUGAGUAGAAAGAUCUGCUGUCAGAGAGAUGAACUUCAUGCAAACAUACCAAGAUUUAUUGAUGUGAGGCUAAAACAGUGAUUAACAGCCUUGUUAGCUUUUAUAAUGUAUAUAAAAAAGAAACCUUUAUUAAUUAAAUUAAUGAACAGGAAAAUACUGUACAUAAUUUACUGAUAUGAAACUGAUGUGAAAUAAACAAUGUAUGUUUACACAGACAAA